AAAUACCCUUCUUGGGUUCCUUACCUCCUCACCAUCUUUAUUCAAAUCUCUCUCUCUCUCUCUCUCAAGCCCCAUGGACGUACAGUAUUGUAGCCAUGCUGUCUUUCUCAAGCUCUCUAGUCUUGCUUAAAGGAGGUCCAGGUUUCCACACUUGCAGAGAUAUGAGCUAGGUAAACUGAACUGAAUUAGAAAAGAUUGAAGCUUACGUCAUUCUCAAGACCUAGCUAGGGUUACCCCCGGUGCAAUUCAAAUCACAUAUAUAUGUAUUCCUCAAAUAGUAACAAUCCCAUCUCCUCAUCCUAUUCUGACCAACCAUUUUUCCAGCGGCCUUUUCUCAAUGACAUCACCUCCAGUACUAGCUCAAAGCAAGCAGACCCUUCUCCUUUAUCCUUCUUCCCAUUCCCCUCCCCCUUUGAAGACGAUGACGUCUUCCUCCAACAGCUCCUUCACCCGCAAUCCUUAACCGAAACUGAAGCCAACAUGGUGGAAUCCAACAAAAAUCACAUCAGUGGACAAACAGUACAGCUGGCUCAGCAGAUCCCGAGAAAAAGAUGUUCCAAGCGAGAUCGGCACAGCAAGAUUAACACUGCUCGAGGACCAAGGGAUCGGAGAAUGAGAUUGUCGCUUGAAGUUGCCCGCAAGUUUUUCGGUCUCCAAGACAUGCUAGGCUAUGACAAGGCUAGCAAGACCGUUGAGUGGUUACUCGUUCAGGCGAAAGCUGAAAUCAAGAAACUCGCGAGAGAAAUGAAGCGCACUACUUGCAGUGCUUCUUCUACUUCUGAUCAGUCGUGCGAGGUUGUUUCUGGCGUCGAUGAUCAGGUUGCAAUUUAUUAUAAUGGAAAUCAUCAUCAACAACAACCUGGCCGCAGCGUUUCUCAAGAGAAGCCAUCCAAGGAGAAGAAGAUGAUUAGGCAGUGGAGAAAAUGUGCAUUUCACCCUCUUGCAAGGGAGUCCAGGGAGAAAGCGAGAGAAAGGGCAAGGGAAAGGACAAGAGAAAAGAUGAGGAAUCGGAGGGGAGUAGAUGAAUCCAAAUUAUGUGAUUUGAGUCCCUUUGAAACUACUGGGGAAGAAUCUGGAACACAAAGCCAUAGCAUGAAACCUUCCAGCUGGGAGGUACGGCCGGAGAUUAAUGAACAAGCAAGCUCUCAUGUACUUAACGAUGAUUCUUUAGUCAUUAUUGGAACUUGGAGCCCAUCUGUGAUCUUCAGUUCGCUCAACAACACUGGAAUUUCCCAAGAGCAUCAAUUGGCAGACUUCCAAUUCUUUGGCAAAACAUGGGAGGCCUGAAACAAUCAUAAUCUAUGCUAACAAGGAUUAUCUCUCUCCUAUCUCUGAUGGGUCAAGUGAAUAAACAUUUGCAGUAGGAUAUGUGUAUGCUUUCUUUCUGUCUGGAAUGUAAUAUAGGAAAAAGUAUUUCUCAUUGUGCAAUUCAGGUGAACUUAUAAUUGUUAUGUCCUUAAUUUUAAUGAUAAGAAUUAAUGUUAUCUUCCUUUU